AUGGCCCCAUUGAAAUCAUCCUCAGCAAAGAUCACUCUACCUUACCCGCUCUAUGCCUGCGACUUUGAUCCCGCUAAUUCUACCAAGCUAGUCGUUGGCGGUGGCGGCGGUGCCAGUAGAACUGGGAUAGGGAAUAAGAUUACCGUACUAGACGCAUCAAAUCCGGAGAAGCUUGUAGAAGUUGCGGAUAUCGAACUGAGCAAAGAGGAGGAUAACCCUACGAGCUUGGCGACUGGACUAAAUCAUUUAGUUUACGCUGGCGUUAACGCCAGCCCCAAAGAAAUUAAAAACGGCGAAAACUCGCAUUUUCGGAUUUAUGACAUCAGCCUCGAGCACGAGAAAAAUGACCGACCAAAUAUCCGCGAAGAGACAAAACUCAGACUGUUUUCCAGAGUCGAAAAAGAUUCCUAUCAGCGUAUUACUCGAUUAGCGAAGCCACUCGUAUCAAAAUCACAACUAGGAGCUAUAACGACUGGUCUGGCUAAGCGCUCAGAGAUUGCGUUAUUUGAAACGCAACCCCACGGUGCACCGAAAAAACGAGGCUCUUUGCCGUGUAAAGCUGAGGCAGUAGAUGUCGAUAUUAUACAAGUUGAGGAGGAGAGUCAUCUACUCGCCUAUUGCGAAGAUCAUGAUAUCUUUGUGACUGAAAUUACGCCUAAGACUGAUAUUUCAGGAUCAGAAUGUAUACCAAUCACGCCUCUUUCAAAUGGCGGAAAGCCCAAGACUGCUACCUUAAGAGCACUAAGGUGGCUUACAAAGGAUCAUCUUAUAACACUCUCCAAUCUUUACAGAAACACUGGAGUAGUGCUAGAGAUUGUCAAGGUUACACCCAGCAAAUUUAGACCAGCUCGAACAGUGCAAUCUAUCCGCCUCCCAAAAUACUUCUCUAAAGCCACAGGUCUCUGCAUCGUUGAUCUCAAUAAUGCGACAAACUGUUUGGACACCCAGAAUGAAACUCAAUUUGUUAUAGCGGUUGCUGGUCACAACCGUUCAAUCUCUCUCUUUACGAUCGAUUUCAAAUUAGAGGCCGAAGUCUUCAAACCAUCAGAUAUUAAACCACUCUUUACCUUUGUAGAUGUUCAUCCUCUACAGAUAACUGGUAUUGCCUUCUCUAAUGUUGCUCCAUGUCCCGAUACGGUGACAGUAGGCUCGACAUCUCAGGUACUACGACUAUGUAGCGUAGGUAUCAGUAAUACCGUGGUAGUACAUACUUUGCCAAUUAUUAGCGCUCCUUGUGAAGACAGCCAUAACAGAGGUUUAAACCCUCGUUAUUAUAUCGUAAAGCCUCGCGGUACUGGGGUAUUGAGACGUGCCGCGCUUUCAAUAAGUGUCAUCCUCGCUGUCAUUAUUGCAAUAAUAAUUCAGGCCUUACUUGAGAUAAGGGGUGAGGUUCCGUUAUACCUCGGGGCCAGAGAACAUGUUCCCGUGCAAUGGCAGGAAGCUAUUAUACGAAACAUACCUCAGGUUUCAAUGACAAUGUUACGGCCAACAUUUACAAUUACUCGGACAGUUAUUCCAAUCAGCGCUGAAACUAGUAUUAACGUAGACUCAACAAGUAGUGUUCUCCUGGAAAAACUAAUGAAGAAAUUUGUUGCUGGUGAAAAUCACGGGCUAGAUGGUAUUGUAGUACUAAGUGGUGAGGGUGAGCAAAUAAAAGCGAUAUUGCAUAGGCAAGAUAGUGGAGCGGAACAGACGAAGGAUAGUGAGGAGAUACCGACAGGAAGCACAUGGGAAGACUUGAAUGAAGCACAAAAACUCGUCUGGAUACAACGGCUCAAGGAAUUCGGAGAGUGGCCUGAAGAUUUUCCGGCGAUCGUUUUCAAGGGCGUCUUAUUUGGUGAAGUUAUGGCAGCUGGUGCUGAAGAUGAUUCUUAA